CACAUAAUGUCCCCUACUAAACAUCCAAUUUAUGAGAACUUCCUUGUCCAGGUAUUUUGUUUAAUGUACAUGUUGUUGUUGUUGAGUUGUUAGAAGAAUGAUAGUGUUUUAUCUUAUAUGAUGAAACUGAUCUGUUUCUUAGGCUUUCAAAGCAUUGUUGACAGCAAAUCCUUCAGAAGAACAGGUCAUUGGUCUAGGGGAGCCUAUGUACCAGGAGAGAAUAAUAGCUUUCACAAAAUUGUCUGUUAUGAUCCAUAAAGUCAUUAACCUUGUGUUUACAUGGCAGUGCCAUGACAGCUACAGCGCGUGUGGGCUUGGCUCUGAUGGUAUAGACAGAUUAGUGAGAUUAGUACAGAAAAUGGAGAAGUUGAAGCACUCUAGACCCGAGAACGGGGCUCUCUACGGGGCCAAGAUCAAAGGAGGUGGUAGCGGCGGAACGGUUUGUGUUAUUGGAAGGGGCAGUUUGAGAAGCAGUGAACAGAUUCUUGAGAUACAGAGAAAGUAUAAGCAAACAACAGGGUUUAUGCCAUACGUGUUUGAAGGUUCAUCUCCGGGAGCUGGCAAGUUUGGAUAUUUGAAGAUACGCAAGAACUCUGCUCCUCCUUCUUCCACUUAAAACAUUUCUUCUUCUUUAUUUUUGUCAUUGAUAACUUAAAUACAGUUUAAGAACUCUGUCUGGUCACUUUCGUGUCUUCAUUAAAACUAGAUCGUUUUGGUGCGAGUAUGCUGUGAUUAAUAAAGAAUAUAUUAGCCUCUCUUUCACUUUUUGGUGCGAGUAUGCUAUGAUUAAAUUAUUUGAUGGUGUUGAUUACUUAAUUUUGUUGAACAUGAAAUUUAUUUACAUAAGUGUAAUCUGAUGUUUGAUUUGUCGUGAUUCCUUUUCUGUAAGGUAGCCAAUAAAAAAAAUACAAAACCUCAAUCUUUAAGACAAUGAUCGCAGCCAAAAUCAGGAAUGUGAUAUGUUACAAAUUUCCCAACAAUCAAGAAUGCACUAACACAAGUCCAGGUGACCACAAAUUUUGAAAACCA